GCUGCCCACUAUAUUGAGGAGAGCCUCGGAGCAUAUUGCCCCCUCUCUACUCUGAGUUUCGUCGAGUGUGCUGACCGCAAAGUGAUUCGGGCCGGCGAGACAUGGCUGGAUAUUUGAAAGUCCUCAGCUCUCUGUCGAGAUCUGCCGGCGCUGCUUUCUCCAGAAACCCCGCCGCGCUCGCGCCGGCUGCUAAUUGCCAGACUUUGCAACAAAGAAACUAUGCCGACAAACGCAUCAAAGUGGCCCAGCCGGUGGUGGAGAUGGACGGAGACGAGAUGACCAGGAUCAUCUGGGAGUUCAUUAAAGAGAAGCUGAUCCUGUCCAAUGUCGAUGUUGAGCUGAAGUACUACGAUCUGGGUCUGCCGUACCGCGACCAGACCGACGACCAGGUCACCAUCGACUCCGCCCUGGCUACCAAGAAGUACAACGUUGCGGUUAAAUGUGCCACCAUCACACCCGACGAAGCCAGAGUGGAAGAGUUCAGCCUGAAGAAGAUGUGGAAGAGCCCCAACGGCACCAUCAGGAACAUUCUGGGCGGCACCGUCUUCCGCGAGCCAAUCAUCUGCAAGAACAUUCCCAGGCUUGUUCCAGGCUGGACGCAGCCCAUCACCAUCGGCAGACACGCCUUCGGUGAUCAGUACAGAGCAACAGACUUUGUUGUGGACCAGCCAGGAAAGUUCAAGAUCAUCUUCUCCCCCGCUGACGGCAGCGCCGGCAAGGAGUGGGAGGUCUACGACUUCCCCGCCGGUGGCUGUGGAAUGGGCAUGUACAACACAGACGAGUCCAUCACAGGCUUUGCACACAGCUGCUUCCAGUACGCUAUUGGCAAGAAGUGGCCUCUCUACAUGAGCACAAAGAACACCAUUCUGAAAGCCUAUGACGGCAGAUUUAAGGACAUCUUCGAGGACAUCUUCCAGAAGCAUUACAAGCCGGAGUUUGACAAGCUGAAGAUCUGGUACGAGCACAGGCUUAUCGACGAUAUGGUCGCCCAGGUGCUCAAGUCCUCGGGCGCCUUUGUGUGGGCUUGCAAGAACUACGAUGGAGAUGUGCAGUCUGACAUCCUCGCCCAGGGCUUCGGCUCUCUGGGACUGAUGACGUCGGUUCUGGUGUGUCCCGAUGGAAAGACAAUCGAGGCCGAGGCGGCCCACGGCACGGUGACCAGGCACUACCGCGAGCACCAGAAGGGAAGACCAACCAGCACCAACCCCAUUGCCAGUAUUUUCGCCUGGACUCGAGGCCUGGAGCACAGAGGCAAACUCGACGGCAAUCCUGACCUGAUUAAGUUCUCCCAGACUCUGGAGAGGGUGUGCGUCGACACUGUUGAGAGCGGAGUUAUGACCAAGGACCUGGCAGGCUGCAUCCACGGCUUGUCCAAUGUCAAGCUGAACGAGCACUACGUCAAUACUACAGACUUCCUCGACGCCAUCAAGACAAAUCUGGACAAAGCCCUCGGCAAGUGAAGGACCUGAAAGCGAAUAGUGAGCCUGGAGAUUGCAAUGUCACUCGUCUGUUUUUGUACCUCAUUUUUAACUUAAAAGGUCAAUAAGUCCUCUUGUAUUUCACCAGAAGGAAAAAUGGAGUACUUCUCUAGGAUUGUGUAGUGGUCCGCUAGGUUAAGUGGUCGAGCGUCGUCCCUCCCACCUGAAGCCCACCUUAACUAUCUGUCCCAUCAUCCGCGAGGUUUUAUUUUUGUAACGUGAAGUACUGUAUUCAAUACUGUGUAAUGCCUCGGGCAAGACUGAAGCUUGUGUCAAACUUACUUGCCAAUAAAUCUCGUUUGACCCACUA